CGUAGGAGGGCGUUCAGAAGCGUGGAACAGCGCUCCGUGUAUAGAAGUAUAGUAUCACUGUGAUGGGAAGGGGAUACUAUCUGCUUCUGUAUUGCGCGAUACUUUUAUUCUUUCUUCCUAGUUACUACAACUCCGCUGAUGCCGAAAAUAGGAUCUUUUUUUAGGGAAUGUUUUCUCAGCUGUCACCUACGUCUAUUCAAGGGGACACCGGUACUCUUUUUUUUUUUUGGAGUCGUGUUUUCUGUAUCCUGAUUUAGUACCGACGGACUGACAAAGAAGACUUCAGGAAUUAGUCCCUGAGGAGAUAACGGUUAAUCACAGUUUUGGAUAGUUUGACAAGUGGAUAAUGGUUAACUCCAGGACAUAAUGCAAACUUUAUGCAACACAACAAACUCAGAAGAAAGAAAAGCGUUUUCAUCCUUGAGGAGCAGCUCUACUCGUCACUCUACAGCCAAGCUGACAGAAACAUUUAUUACCUCCUAGAUCAUCAGCCACCAGGAACACCCAGUUCAUUUGCGUGAUAAGCAACAGAAAAGGAAUUGACCACAAUGGAACAGUACACCGACUGACCCUCUUGAUAACAGAACCUCAUACCAUCUUUAGUCAGCCUUCAUAUUGGUUGUAUUUUCAAAGUGAUAAUAAGUAGCUAUUGAAAAGGCAAUUAUUACCAUUGGCCUGUACUGAUUUUUAAAUGUCUCUUUCUCUUUCUCUAUAACAUAGUAUAGUGCAGUGAAAAGCUAGCAUCCAGUGCCCACUGUGUAACGUCAGCCCUGUAAUUAUAUUUCGUACUACCUUUCUGCUACUCAGCAACCACAAAUGGUAGGUUAAACAAGGCUGUGUUUUCAUUUUCUUUGACGUAUUUGAAUUCUAAAAGGCUGAAGUGCACUGCCUUAAAAGCCCAAGCUGUUUUUGGAAUGCCGAUGUCCUGAAAUUUAGCUUCAAAUUAAAAACUCCAACAUAACACUUAACAUUCCUCCUCACUGCUGGAAUGUUGAGAAAAUUUACAAUGCUCAGCUUCAGGCUCUGGAGCAUGAGAUUUCCCACCCUGACUCUGCUCUUCAUUAUCCUUACCCUCACCACAUUUUUGCUCAGCUACACAUACCAUGAUCCAUCAACAACAUACUUUUAUCUCCUUAAGCUUUCUGGAGGAGCAACUGAAAACCUACCCAAAAGGGUCUGUGCGUGCAAGAGAUGUAUUUCAGAGCCUGAUAUUGUCCCCUGGUUCGAUGAGCGUUUUAAUCAAUCCAUACACCCUUUGAUGUCCAAGAAGAACAGCAUCCUUUCUGAAGACACCUACAAAUGGUGGCAGCGGCUGCAGUCAGAAAACAAUCCGGCCAACUACACAGAGGUGGUGCAGAGACUGUUUGAGGUUAUCCCUGGGGAGGAGAUGUAUGUGGACUGGGGCUCGUCGCGCUGCAGGACCUGUGCUGUGGUGGGAAAUUCUGGGAACCUCAAAGGAUCCAAUUAUGGUGCCCAAAUUGACUCACAUGCCUUCAUUAUAAGAAUGAACCAUGCUCCAACUUUUGGAUAUGAAAAAGACGUUGGGAGUAGAACUACUCAUCACCUCAUUUACCCAGAAAGUGCCAAAAACUUACCAAACUCAACCAUGUUGGUGUUGAUUCCCUUUAAAACUCUUGACCUACAGUGGAUCAUCAGUGCACUAACCACAGGAACAAUUAAACACACGUACAUGCCAGUGUUAUCCAAGAUAAAUGUCAAGAAUGACAAGGUCCUGAUCUACAGCCCUACAUUCUUCAAGUAUGUUUUUGAGAACUGGCUGGAAAAUCAUGGUAGAUAUCCUUCCACAGGUUUCCUUUCAAUAAUGUUUGCUGUUCAUCUCUGUGAUGAGGUGAACGUUUUUGGAUUUGGUGCAGAUGAGAAAGGAAACUGGCACCACUACUGGGAAAACAACCCUUUAGCUGGAGCCUUCAGACAAUCAGGAGUCCAUGAUGGAGAUUUUGAAUACAACAUCACCAUUUUGCUCUCCGAGACUGGCAAAAUUAAUAUUUUCAAAGGCAGAUGAUGCCUGGACAACCAGGAUGACUUUUCAUGAAUGGAAACAGGUAUAAUUGAGCAGCCUUAAUACAAUUUAAACAUGGAGAGGAAAAGUGGAAUGGGAAUCUCUUCAUAGCUGUUUACAAAAGAAGGGAGCUCUUGUUAACUCUGAAGAGUUCAGCAGAACUACUCUGAAGAAUUAACAUCAACACUGUUUAACAAACGUGGAGUCUCUGGGAUGCUUGUCCUACAUAUUCUGAUGGAAGUGAAUAUUUGCUAAUCACACACAAAAUUAUGUAUAUUGCUGUUAUAGAUGGUUGGGAGAUUUUAAAUACGUGCAGACUGCCACUGUUUCUGUGUGGAAAACUGUUGGUUACUUGACAAUAAUUGUCUUGGGCAACAUGGGCAUCUUAGGCCCUGUAGACAACAUAAGGUGGACAUUUUCAGACAGGCCUUUGUAUGCCAGCAGUAUGAACAAUAAUAAAAUAAAACAUUAAUGUUAGCAAUUUCUUGACUUUAAUAUUUUAUAUUGUUUUUAAUCAGAUUUGGACAAAGCUUAGUGGUUUUAUAAACCAUUUUUUAAAGAAAAAUAUUUACAGUUUUACCAAAUACUUUACAAACCUUUACCAAUGGAAAAGUUGUGUUAUGCUAAAUGUUGGAAAGGGUCUAUCAAUGCUUUAAAAUAGACUUUUUAUUUGUUAAUGAAUUUUAGUGGGUUGUAUGUAUUGCCAAAAGCAAGAGUUUUGGAGUGUACUGCUAAAGUGGACUGAUAAGCCAAACUGAGCAGCUGUUUAACAUAACCAGAAUUGUGAUUAAGCACCAACUAAAAUAUUUACUUUUAUUUGUAAUAAGUCACAUUACACUGAGGCUUUUAACACUGUUUUCAUUUAGAUAUAUUGAAUUUUUAAGCCGUUAUCCCAUCAAUAUCGCAGACUUGGAAAAUCUGACAUUUGUCAAAUCUUUAAAGCUAUUUAUUUUAAGAUGUAAUUUGGUUUCAAACUAAUCAUUACUGUAUUAUCAAUACAUGGCCUGAUAUCUGUUAGAGAAAUUCAGUAUGUAUAUGGUAUGUGUGGUGUGGCCUGCUGCAUGAAGCAUUACUAUAGUGAGAAAUGUUUAUACAGUAAAAACCCAAAUUCUAUUAGACAAAUACUCAAAAUGUAUCGCUUCAGUACAAUGGACACUACAAUUAAAAGCUGAAUUAGUCAUUUGUAAUUAGGAAGGGUAUUACAGUUUACAUUGAAAGCAGGUGUAAUAAUAAUAAAUUAUAAAAUUAUUUUUUGGAAAUUAUGAAACAGUAUCAACAGUGUAAUUAAGGGACAUUUUGUCCUAAAUCAUUGACCUUUGACCUCACCAUUAAGGACUCUUGCUUUUGGUUCAGAAUUCAGUAUAAAUGCCUAGGUAAUGAAGUCAUUUACUGAAAGAUAUGAAUAGGUAGUGGGCCAAAUUAAUCAAAAUGUAUGCACUUUGAUUUCUUGACUGGCUGGUUGCAUGCUGAAUUUUAAGUGUGAAGUAUAAAAUGUUGUUCUAAAGUCUGUGUUGCCCUUUAGUGAACAUUGUAUGUGAAAUUUCUAGUUUUAUGAUCUUGUAAUUCCUUAUCUUUCAUUGAACUUUUUCUAGUUCUCAUGAUGACAGUUCAUUUAGCCUGUAUUUUGUCAGCUUCCUGAAUUCGUUUUUUUUUCAUUAUUCCAUUGCACUGUGUAGAGACUGCAAAGUUCAUGGUAAUGAGGCUUUUCAGGGGAUAUUUAUAAUUGUUAUGGAGGUCUAUAAAUUAGUAUUUAAGGCUUUGCUGAGCUUGACUGGUUGGGAACCGUUAGUAGAAAAUUUAUUUUCACAUAACAAAUCUGUAAAGAGGUUCUUGAACUGUGGAUUUAUAUUUUUUUUAUGAAUGUCCCAAUUUGCUGCCCUCCAAAAGUUAAUAUUAUCUGCUUUCAUUAUUUAUAGUCUUUGUUUCUAAUCAGCCUAAGGGCAGACUUCAACUAUUUACAAAUUUGGAGACAUGGAAGGAAAUUGAAGGGACUGCAAAAACCACAGGCACACCAGGAGAGCUUGGAAAGCACACAUACAGUAUAGACUCUGCAUCUUGUAAUAAUGGAAUGAAUUGCAAGUGAAAGGUUUGUCUAUUAUGUUUUAGGUUGCUUACUUUCAACAUUGAAUAUUUAUUAUAUUCAUUAACAGUUGUAUUAAAUAGGUUUAGUAAUUGAACAUUUUAGCUUAUCUCAUGAUUUGAGUUAUGUGGCAAAAGGCCUUUUGUGUUAUUUGGAGUACUUUCUGUGCCACUUGUGAUUCACAUUGACAAUUCACCAUAUGAUAGUGGCUUUAGGCAUAUUCUUGCAGUAUUCUAAUGAAUCUACUUUUAUAGAAUCAUAAUUAUACUUAAACAUUUGCUUGUUACAUUUCCUUGUUUCAUCUCUAAAUCUGAUUUACGAUAGCAUGUCUUUUUACAGAUCACUCACAUCAAUAAAACAUACCUUUAGGAGUCUUUUAUAUGGAUCCAUGCACAGAUGGCUGUAUGAAUCAUCCAAGCGAUUGACUUAAUUUCUUUUCAGAGCUCUUCUGGCAAGUUAAGUUGCCAGUUACAAUACAUUAAUUUAUCAGUAUCGCAUCUCCUUUUCCACUGUUUCUGUUUCCAACUCUAAUACAUAGUUAGAGGAGUGUAAAAUAAUAAAAAGGUGAAAACAUGAGGCAAUGAUCUGUAGAAUUUAUCAUUGGUAGUUGAAAGUAAGCAAGCCUAAUUCUUGUGCACACAGAACUGCUUAAUAGGGAAGGAUCUUGACUCUUCUAUGGAAUUUAAACAUUUCUGGAGUAAAAUGUGUGGAUAUUUCACUUUUAUGAAGGACACAACCAAGUAAGGUAUGAAGUGUUUGUCAGAUGUGCUAAAAGAGCCCAUGCUGCAAUAUGUAACAUGCAUGAGCCACAUUGGCCCACUAUUAUAAAGUGCCUUAAUAAUGUCUAAUAUGAUUUUGAACAGAUAGCAGUGAAUUGUGCCUUCUUAAUCUUGCAUUACUUUUAUGCCGUUUUUCUUUAAUAACAUGUAAAUGGUAUAGUGUUACUCUGUUGAAAGUGCGUUUUUUCUUUUUAUUAGUAGUGGCUAAAAUAUCCCCUUGAUUUUAGGACACUUGAGAAAUGUUCCAGAUAACCCCAUUUUGCAUCUCCUAUUUUCAGCAUAACGUACUAUAACAUUCCAUUAAAGAAUUUUCAGGGUAGGUGAAAGCCUUUUCACUGCAGUGAAAUCAAAAGACAAAAGGAUUUUCAUUUUCGUCAAUUUUCCAUUUUUGAUGGAAGGAUGCAUUACCUUUUCUAUGAAGGAUACGCUUCUUAAUUAGCACGAAACUGAGCCUGAUUUUUUUUUGUAAGGAAAAUAAAGAAGUGUAAUUCUCAGUUUAAAAGCUGCAGUAUAUUUAUUUUGAGUGUGGUGCCAUGAGAUCCUGUUUUCCACAGACAACAGCACAUUUGACGUUCAACAUUAUUCACAGAAAUUCUGUGCGUCCUUGAUUAGGCCAGUGACUAAGCACUAGCAGAUAGUGCUUACUUUCGAUAUGAGGUGGAAAAUUCUGCAAUAUUUAUGAUAAAACUAAAUACAAAAUAAAACAAUGUUUCUGCCACUUGUUUUACUGACAUUUCUCAUGGAGACGCAUUCAUUUUUAAACCACUCACUCUUUACUGCAUCAACAUGGGGAAUCAGAGAGAUUUGUUUUGCUGUGCUAAACUUGGUUGUUUAAUUAACAAACAAGUUAAGCUCAUUAAAAGAAAGAAAAAGAUAAGCAAAUCUAAUUUAUACAGCUUUUGAUUUGAUCUAGGCCUAUGUCUGUGAGUAGAACAGGAUUCUCAUAACUAUUACAUAAGGAGAAGCCAAACCAUCCAGCACUGUGUCCUUUUCCAUUAUUUAAUUUAGUCGUUCUCAAGUUUUAAGUGUAUAGUUAGCAAUCGGUGAAAGAUAUUUGGAACAUGAGCUAUAGCUCUGGUCUCUUUUCUGUUUUUUCAUGCUCUAGCAAAACUGGGUAAAAAGAAAAAAGAAAAAGAUACCAAUUAUGGAGUCAUCUUCAAGAAAAAAAAAUCUUUACGUGGAGAUUAUUCUUCACAUCUCCCUAACUAAUCACAUCACAUCACUUCAAGUGAAAGAUUUGAUUAUCAAGUUCUAGUAUAUUGAAGUGGCAUUUCUUGAUUCUUUAAUGACACAAAACUAAGUUUCUGAUAACCUUAAUUAGUUUUAGUUGAAUUUUUCUGCUUUAAUAUUUAUAUAGCUUUUCUUCUCUCAGCCACAACCUUAAAUUUUUCUUAUUGGGUAGAAAAGGAGGUAUUUUGCACAUAAUAUCACUUGAGUAAAAUCAUUUUUAAAAUGUGAACAUUCAGUUGAUAAAAAUAAUGUUGUACAGCUGUAAUCCUUUUCCAGCAUAAAUUAGUUGUGAGAGACGUGGGUUUGAAUUUUUAAGACUGUUUUCUAUGAAACCUCAUAAAACUGACAAUAAUUGUAAACAAUGAGUAAUUUAGUGUUAUGUGUUUUGUGAUUUCCCUUUACUCGCCGUGCCUUCGACUUAAACUAAUGUGGAAUAAGUGUGAGGCGCUUUGUUUAAUUUUAUGUCUUUGUAUUUUUAAAAUGCUGCUGGUUCCUGUUUUUAUGCUUUAUAAAAUGAAUCAUCGGUAAUGUGGGAUAAGGCUUUUUUUCAUUAUUAUGGGUACUUUCUGUGACAUGAGCAUUCAUAUCAAUCAUUGACUGUCCCCCACAUAUUGAUAGCUUCAGUUUGUACAUUGUUCUUAUUAUAUUUCAAAAUUAUUUUUAAAAACACUAUAAUUAUAAUUAUUUCUUGGCUUGUCCCCUUGUUCCAUCUCCAAAUCUGUUUUUUGGUAGAAUGUUAUACAUCGCUCAAAUCAAUAAAAACACCUGAGUCUUUUCAGGACUUAUAUACA